CCAGUCAGCGAGUCUUGGAACACGAUGCAGACGAGUCUACAAGCAGGUACCUGGCAGGCUGCGGCAAAAGCUUCGAAAUUCAGGACUCGACAGACCUAUUGAGGCUUUCGAUUCGAGUAGUCCGGUGUAUCCUUCAACUCUCAGCGCUGUUGCAGACCGCGCGCCCAUCACUCCCAUGUCGAAGAAGAGAGUCCCGAGGCGGCCGGCGCAGGACGCUAUGUCAAGUCGGGCUCAGAGACUUCCGACGGAACUCCUCAUACUGAUUCUCGCGAACAUCGACUCACUUCCCGCUCUAGCGAGCGCUAGCAGCGUGUGUCGCGCCUUUCAAACAGAGGUCGAUUCGCGCCUGUACCGUGAAGUGUACAUCUGCGUCGGGCUACCUCGUCAACUUCGCAGCCUCUACGAUGCGCUCACCUCGCAACCUCACCGUGCGCUUCUCGUACAUGUCCUUCGAGUCCGAGACAACAGACACACGAAUUCCAAUUGUACAGCCAUGCUGAACAAGCUUCUCCCGACGCUCGUGCACCUUACGGACCUUCGGCUCGACUUGGAGUAUUGCUGCUCGCAGCCGGCAGUGUAUGAUGGCAUCCUCCGGACCCUGAAUAAAUGCACCUUUAGCCUGUCGUCCUUUGAAUGUCGAACGACACAAAACGAGGAUCUCAAGCUAUUCCUGGAGAGGCAGACGCGUAUCGAGUCCUUGAUCGCGAAGCCUGGCACGAUUCUCGACCGGCCAGAAUGGAGACUUGCAUACGGCGCGCUUCCUCGACUAAAGUGGCUACACUCCUACGACGAUUUCUUCGUUGACAACAUGCACGCCAGUCCCCGCAUGAUCACCCAUCUCGAUUGGUCCUCUGCCCAUGUCACCGACAUGGGUCGGGUGCUGCAGCCUCUCGGCAGAAAGCUCGUCGACUUCGCUUACCGUAGGUCCCUCGGGCGCAACCCGAGUUUCAUCGAGCACCCUUCGGCCAUGUUCCGUACCUGUGAGCUCCCGAAGCUCAAGCACUUCAAGGUAGUCGACCAGAUAGACGAACCCGCGCCAUGCCUUGCACAGGUCUCCAACAUGGAGUACAUGUCACGUCCAGACGUGAAGCUCGAGACGUUCACGUGGGUCACUCUAUGGCCCAUCCGCAGACGCAAGAGUACACGUCUGGCUCUCUUCCGUGGUUACAUCGAGGCCAUCCUAGCCGCCUGCCGAUCAUUGCGUCGAUUUUACUACGUCGAACGCGAUGACUUGGGGCUGCAUUUCAUCGUCUCGUUCACGUUAGCAGAAGACGGUCAUUUCAUUGAACAAGACGAAGCAAGAUUGCCGGUCUGGUCUGAGGUUUGAAAGAAUGAGAGUUGACCCAAUGAUGAGCGGGAGUCGUCACACUCUAUGAAGCGGCAUGUAGAUAGGUUGAAUGACCUGUGCC